AAGAAAAAAGAUGGCCGGCCAUCAGGGCCAAGAUGUAACUGUAACUGAAAGGAAUAGAGCGACGAUGGAAGGAUUGCUCAAUCAACCAAUGAUUCUGGCACAGGAAUGGCAAAAGUGCACCACUAAAGUUGAACUCAAGCAGGCCCUCUACGAUUUCUGGAGAGAGAACGUGCCGUUGGCGUACACCUCGAACGAGCUCAGCGUACCAGAGGAAGACCAGCUUUGUCAUGACAAACUUCUGGAUCCUCUGGAGUGGUUCAUCUGUAAUGGAGAUCCUAAGAUAGUUAUUCAACAGCUGAAGAAGACUGACAGUCCUCCGCAGCUAUGUGGUCGAGUCUUCAAGAUGGGAGAACCCACGUACUCCUGCAGGGACUGUGCAAUGGAUCCAACCUGUGUGCUGUGCAUAGAGUGUUUCCAAAAGAGUAACCACAAAUCUCAUAGAUAUCGGAUGAAUACAUCUGGAGGAGGUGGUUACUGCGACUGUGGAGAUAUAGAAGCUUGGAAGAGUGACCCUUACUGCAGCCUUCACCAGCCAAACCCAGAGAAACCUUCUCAGGUACAUGACCCCCUGGAUCACAUUCCACUAGACAUGCAAUCCUAUGCAUCAGCACUCUUCUGUAUUCUGCUCCAUUAUUGUUGUGACACUCUCCAACAGGAGGACCCUGAAGUGCCCAUCGAGGAACUCCGAUCAAAGUCAAUGGGAGAUACAUACUGCACCAUGCUCUUCAAUGAUGAAAUACACACCUAUGAACAGGUGAUUGACACUCUGAAGAAGGCAGUUGGAUGUACAGCUAAGGAAGCAGUAGAGUUUGCAACAAUAGUGGAUCGAGAGGGACGAAGCACUGUGCGCAAUGGCCCCUACAAAGAUUGCGAGCGUGCACGGACGAUCAUCAAACGCAAUACAUCCCACCAUGACGCCAAACCAUUGAAGGUUCACGUCAUGCAUACAACUGUUGUAGCACACCAGACCUAUGCACUCAGGUUACUCAGCUGGCUGUCAGAAGUGGCUACUUAUGCAGAUGGAUUACGUCAGCUACUUUGUCAGGAACUAAUGAAGACAUUUCAUGGAUCUGAAGACACUAUUCUUGAACAACUAAUGCUGCAAGACACAAAACUAUGGAAAGUGGCAAGAAUCCAGUGGCAUAAAGUGUUUAUGUGUACUCUCCUCAUGGACAUGGAGUACAAGAAGCAGUUUGCUAUUAUGUUCACCAAGCAUUACAGCCAGAUUCUGCAUGAUUUUGCCGAGGAUGACCACGACCAUGCCGUAUCAGUCACAUCGCUAUCUGUUCAGAUUUACACUGUCCCUACUGUGUCGAGGAUGUUGAUAACUGAACACAACCUUCUUGCAGUCAUCCUGAAGACUUUUGUAAACUACACACAAAAAUAUAUAGAAGCAAAUAAAGGCAAGUUUCACUUCCUUCGGAUGAAUGUGAACGGGCUUAGACGCUUUCAAUAUGUCUUAAUUGAUCUCAGGUAUAUAUUGUCCAAUAAGCCAGAUGAAUGGAGCUCUGCUGUCCGUGAGCGUGUUAUGGAGGGAAUAGUUCAUCUUCUGGAUCUCCUGAGUGCAAUGCAUGGAAUGGACCAAGUAGUUCGGCAGGUCGGUCAGCACAUUGAAAUUGAGCCAGAGUGGGAGACAGCCUUCAAUCUUCAGAUCAAACUGGGUCCAUGUCUCACUCUACUACUAGACUGGUGCUCAUCAGAUCGCUCACUACUUCUGAGUGCAUAUCGCGCCACCAUGACAGCUCUGCGGAAGUCGUUCGAUCCAUGCCCUGAUAAAGAAAUUGAAGUGGCCGGUCACAAGACGCAGUGCCUUGAGUACAAUGUAUCAGUGAAACCAGUAACAGUUCACUGUACUCUUGUGCGCUUUUUAGCAGGGCUUCAGCUGGAACUUGGGAAGUACAACCUCAGCUAUUUCUCAGAUGGCCUACUUCCUCAACAUCCGUUAUCACCUGUUGAGCUGUUGGAAGAGCCUCUACGUACCCAGGUUUUGAUGGCGCAGGUUUACGCUACAAUGUGGAGACGUAACGGUUACUCAUUACUUAAUCAGAUCUACUAUUACCAGAACGUUACGUGCCAGAGAGAGAUGUAUGAUAAAGAUAUUAUCAUGUUACAGUCUUGCGCCUGUAUGAUGGACACAAAUGAAUUCUUGAUCCGAGCCCUCGAUCGCUUCAAGCUCGUUCGAUUCUUAACGACUGAAUUUGAGACUAGCUCCACCCCUGAGGACAUUCAGCUAAGAUCGCAGGGUCUGACCAUCAUGGAGGAGUUUCUACAUCUCAUGAUAGUCCUAGUCAGUGAACGCUACGUCCCUGGGGUUGGGCAAGUCACCAAUACUGACCGUGUACGCAGGGAGGUCUUGCACCAACUCUACAUCAAUCCGUUAUCACACAGUGAGAUUGUCAAGGCUCUGCCUAAAGAUCAUUGCCACGAAACUGGUGUGGAAGAAGUAAUAAAUUCAGUUGCCAAUUUCAAGAAACCGGUUGGAACGAAUGGAAAAGGAUUGUACGAGAUCAAACCAGAGUGUGUGCGUGAAUAUUCACCAUUCUUCUAUCACUACUCAAGAGUUGACCAAUCAAAGUCCGAAGAACAACAACGCAAGAGGAUGAAGUUGGACAAAGAUGAAUUAGACGUUUGUCCACCUCUACCACCCCUUCCAAGCCUCAAUUUCAAGAACCUAGCCCACCUUCUAGACAGUGAUGUGUUUGUUCACGUUGUCCAUACGGUCAUCAGAAGAACUGCAUCACACAUACGCCAAAUCUUUUCUGAACACUCUAUCCAUCGGGCAUUGUACUUAAUUGGGCUGGCACUUCUGGAGGAGAAGAGACACACAAGCAUGGGGGAAGACUUUCACUUCAUCGAUAAAGCUGCAAAAGGUGAUCCAAGUCUCUUGUCAAUGCUUCAGAGUCUAACAGGGAACAGUACAGCUGAACCUCAUAAAGAACUUCUAGCCUGGGUCUUAAAGAUUAUCGCUGAGUUACAACUCUCCAAAGGGAAGAUGAACGCCCCUCCUCCAUCCUCAUCCAAAGAAGGAUCCAAGGAAGAUAAAGAGAAACAGGAGGCAGAUCGUAAGAAGAAAGCUGAUAUAGCCCAGAAACGCCGAUCUCAUCUGAUGGAUCAAAUGAAAGCAAUGCAGAAGAGCUUCAUCAGACAGAAUCCAGAGUUCUUUGAGGAGACGUCAAUCAGUGCCAGGGAGGAAAGACUUGCAUCUUCCAGUAUCGAUUCAGUUGACAUGGUCUCAAUGGCAGCAGCUGAGAUGCGACCAUAUUCGUUUGUAGCACUGGGUCCGAUGCAGACUCUAGCUGUACAAGAAGAUGUACCCAAAGUAACAUGUAUAUUGUGUAUGGAGGAGUCCGAGAUCAGACUAGAUAGAGAGUCCCUAGUCCUUCCAAUGUUUGUACAGAGGUCCACAGUUUUAUCAAAAGCCAGAGAUAAAGACUUUGGGGAUCCUGAUGAAAUAGAGCCAUUGUUUGUGGAUGCCCACCUGAGCUGGGGCGUACACACUGGAACCUGUGGACACAUCAUGCAUGCAGACUGCUGGAGAGGGUAUUUUGAGUCCUUAGUCACCAAGGAAAAGCGACGAACAUUUCGUUUCAACAACAACCUGAGUUAUGACCUGAGUCGUCAGCAGUAUCUGUGUCCACUCUGCAAGACGAUAAGCAAUACAGUCAUCCCUCUCAUCCCAUCCCUACAAGGCCUAAUUCCGGAAGAAGAGAGGGUGAUGACUAUCACCUCCUUCCCAGAGUGGCUCAACAUCGUCAAGGGAAUAGUACGCUCCGGUCCCAUUCCAAUACAGCAGUCUAGCCCAGAGGCAGUGGAUCUGUCUACUACAUCAGCAGAGGGGUCCAGCGUAGACAUGGAAGAACCAUCAGCAGGUUUAUUACCACCAGUAGCUAUCACUGGCAAAUGGACUGACCCUAAACAGGGUGGUUUUGAGAUGUUACACGGAACCGGACUACUAGAAACACUAGGUGACGCGGCCUCACAGACUAUCCAACAACUGGAGACACUUGGUGAUGCUGCUUCACAGAAGCUGCAUAAGUUCUAUAAUCUGCUUCAUAGCAAAAGUUUCAGCUUCUCCAAGAGUGUACAGGAGAUGAUUCGGAUGUAUUCCAAGACGGCUUAUACUGUCGGUUUGGGAGUCAUGCCCAAUGAUGAGAAUGAUCGAGUACCAAUCUUAUCAUGGAAUGUUUGCGCCUACACAAUACAGGCAACUGAGUUGUUGCUCAGAUGUAAAGGAAAGCCACUGUUUGGAGAAAUGUCUUCCAGACAGACUGAAGGAUUGAAAGCAUUGGUGCGGUUUGCGGUGGUGAACACGUUUUAUCACAAGCAGAACCAUGUCCAGAAACACACAGUCAGAUUGCUUUCAGUGUUGUCUGCUGAACACACCCACAGUGGACCCAGUAUCUUAGAUCUUGAUUUGUUUUCUCUACUGGCAAGUAUUUGCUUGUCAUGCGCCACCGUGCCGAAGAAUGAUAAAACGGCUGGACUUAAGACUACCAUUACCAACCUGCCAAUAGAAGGCCAGCAUGCAAUGAGAGCCACUUUCACUGCACACCUCAUACAGAUACUACUCACAGCUCAGAUUCAGUCACAUGUUGAUGAGGAGUCUUUUAUGGAGCAAGAUGGAGCUAGUAAUCAACAAGCUGAAGCAAUGCUUAGAGCAUACAUCACCGUCAGGGAACUAGCAGGCAUUACUGAUGACGUCAAGCCCAAUGCCUGGACAUUAUUCAACCAUGUCAGGACAUCAUGUCUCCCUUUCCUACGUUGUUCAGCAAUCUUCUUCCGUUUCAUCACUGGAGUGUCCACACCGUCGGAGCUGAAAGGACUUUGCAUGGAUGAGGUGGAACCUCUCUGUGGCUACCUGGCUUUGCCCUCUGACCUUUCUAGUCUGGUCUCUGAUGAUCAAGAUUCAUCUAUGCAAGAAUUGAUCAGGGCGUGGUGUCAGCACCCAGACUUGAGGUCACAGUUGAAUGACCCUGAUGCAAACAUUAUAAGAUUCCCCAUUCAGAUUAACCAGUUGAUUGACCUCCCUGAAGACUACAGUGAUCUUAUGAACAAUGUCUCAUUAUUCACGUGUCCAAAGGCUAGUGGAGCACAGAGUGACAGUCGAGCCCCUGCUUUGUGUCUGAUCUGUGGUGCUGUAGUGUGUUCCCAAAGUUACUGCUGCCAAACUGAAAUUGAUGGUGAGACAGUGGGGGCGUGUACUGCUCACUCAAUGACCUGCGGAGCGGGCAUUGGUCUCUACCUCAGAGUGAGAGAGUGUCAGUUGCUGAUGAUGUCAGCCAAGAACAAAGGCUGCGUCCACCAGACUCCUUAUCUUGAUGAGUACGGGGAGCCAGAUUUAAAUCUCAGACGUGGCAACCCGCUUCAUUUGAGUCAUGAGCAUUACAGUCAUCUACAUGAGACGUGGUUAUCACACAGUAUUCCAUCACAGGUUGCCCACAGACUGGAGGCAAAUAUUACUCUUCUGACCAUUGAUUGGCAAAAUCUGUAAUAGUCUAACUCCAAGAAAGAUAUGAGGCUCAGUUUGACAACACUGCUUGAUGACAGUUCCUUUUAUGCUCAGGGUCGUAGCGAUGAAGGGGUGGGGUGAUAACCCCCCCCCCCUCCUUAGUUUAUCUCAGCCGGCAUUUUAAGCCUUGGUUCGUAAAUGAGCCCAAAUGUAGGGAUCAUCUUGAAAGUCAGAAUUGUAGGACUGUUGUAAUUUGAUUGGUUAAGUACGUGUAUACGUUAAAGUGCAUAUUGACCCAAUUUACCUGAUGUCUCCAUCAGAAUAAUCUUGGAUACGCCAUUUCGGUGGUCAAUGUCACUGUGAGUUAUUCAGUGAAGUGUGCAUUUAAG